AUGGCCGACAUGCUUUGGAUACCUAUUCGACUCGGCGACAAGUACCAUAUCGUGAUCGCCGUCUUGAUUGCUAUCUAUUGGGUCGUACUAUCGUACUGGCGAGGGCAGACUCGCAAGCUUAGGCACAUCCCAACUAUUGGGCCCGAUACGCCCCUAAUCUCGUAUUAUGGGGCGUACAAGUUUCUGGUUGAUGCGAGAGGCGUCAUCAGUUCUGGCAUGGAAAGAUUUCCAAACGCCAUGUUCAAAGUAGCAGACAUGUUCCAAUGGAUGGUCGUCAUCACUGAUCCUAAGACCGUUGACGAAGUCAGAAAGCUGCCGGACAACGUGGCGUCGUCUUCUGAAGCCCAUGACGAGAUACUUCAAACGGAGUUCACCCUUGGAGAACAUCUGAGCAGGAACCCUUAUCAUGUUCCCAUCAUUCGGGUACAGCUAACGAAAGCCCUCCCGCAACUCUUGCCUGAUGUCCGUGAGGAAGUCGUCGACGCCUUUCAAGAACUGAUGCCAGCAACAAACAAAUGGGCUAAGGCCAUGGCGCUUGACACAAUGAUGAAGAUAUUCGCUCGGGCUAGCAAUCGGAUAUUCGUUGGCCGUCCACUUUGUCGCAACCCCGAAUUUAUUGAGCUUAAUGUUCAGUACAGUGUCGACGUGAUAAGGACAGGGAUUAUACUCCGACUCCUUCCCCGUUUCCUUCGGGCUUGGAUGAAGCCGCUAAUAUCCAGCGUUGAUAACCGCUUCGAGCAGGGAUUGAAGCAUCUCGCACCCCUAUUCGCUGAGCGGCGCAAGGCACGCGAGCAGAAAGGAGCCAACUAUUCCAGCAAGCCGGUUGACUUUCUAUCAUGGCUCAUGGACGAAGCCAAGGAUGAAGAACAGACGGAUUGGUAUCUGAACUCCCGAAUAUUGAUGAUCAACUUCGCCUCAAUUCAUACCUCCUCAAUGACGUUUACACAUGCUUUCCUGUACUUGGCCACAUAUCCGGAGUACUUGAAACCACUCAGAGACGAAAUCGAGGAGGUCGUCAGGCGGUACGGUUGGUCGAAGGACGCCCUCGACCAAAUGUACCAUGUCGAUAGUUUCCUCAAGGAGUCACAACGGCUUACGCCUUUGACAAAUCUGUUGAUUCAGCGCGUGCUCGUCAAGGACCACCUCUUCUCCGACGGCACUCUGCUCCCCAAAGGCACGACGAUCAGUGUGGCUGCUCCGAGUGCACAUUUGAAUGGGGAGAAGUAUGAAGAUCCGCUUCGCUUCGACGGCUUCCGGUAUGUCAAGAUGCGGGAGCGCAGUGAUGCAGCCGAGAGGAAGUUCGACAUGGUCUCGUCGAACAUUGACUCCCUCGGCUUUGGGUUAGGGCGGCACAUCUGCCCUGGGCGGUUCUUCGCAGCGAGCGAGCUCAAGAUGAUGCUCGCCCAUAUCGUCGUCACAUACGACGUCAAGCUCGAGCAUGAGGGCGUUCGACCGCCCGACUUCGUUCGAACGUUCGGGCUAGGAAGGCAUGCCUGCCACGGACGAUUCUUCGCCACGAGCGAGCUCAAGACGACGUUGGCACAUGCGGUGGUCACUUAUGAGGUCAAGCUGGAGGACAUGGAUGUUCGGCCUGCAGACAGAUGGAUUGCGGCCAGCUGCUUGCCCAAUCCAACCGCUCAGGUUCUCUUCAGGAAGCACGCCGAUAUCUAG